AUGACCAAUGCAGAACCUUUACCUGAACAGGGUGACAAGAAGAGGACUCGACAAAUUUCAAUGGAAUUUGUAUCAGCACCUGGUAAUGUUUUCGUUUUUGGUAGUGGUGAUACUGGUCAACUAGGUUUGGGGGAUUCCAUGUUGACUCGUAAACGUCCUAUGCCCUUGAAAGUAUUGGAUGAUAAGGAAAUUGUUGAUAUAGCUUGUGGUGGUAUGCAUUCUAUUGCUCUUACAAAAGAAGGAAAGUUAUACAGUUGGGGUUGCAAUGAUCAACGUGCCCUUGGUCGAUCUGGUGAAGAAUACCUCCCUGAAUUAGUAAAAAUCUCUGAUGAUGUCAAGUUUGUCAAGAUUGCUUGUGGUGAUUCUAUUUCUAUGGCUUUGUCUGACACUGGCAAGGUUUAUUGUUGGGGAACUUAUCGAUGUGCUGAAGGUGCUCUUGGUUUUUCCAUAGAUCAAGCUGUUCAAGAUGUACCUGCUAUAUUUAAACCAUUAUCAUCACACGUCAUUGUCGAUAUCGCAGCCGGUACUGAUCAUUGUUUAGCAUUGACGGAUGGAGGACGUGUAUUCGGGUGGGGAAAUGGACAACAAUUCCAAUUAGGACGUCGUGUUAUCGAACGACGUAAGAAGAAUGGACUUCGACCUGAAUUAUUAGCACUUAAAGGUAUCAAGGCAAUUGGUACUGGUUCCUAUCACUCAUUUGCACUUGAUGAGAACAAUGAUCUUUAUGUAUGGGGUCUGAACAACUACCAGCAAUGUGGUUUAUUGAGUGAAGAUAGACGAUAUGCAGGUGAAAUCAUUACUACUCCUACUGUGAUUCCUGGACUUCAAGGUAAAGGACCCAUCAAGUCAGUGGCUGCUGGUGAACAUCAUUCAUAUGUAUUGAUGGAAGAUGGAACUGUAUAUUCUUUUGGACGUGCCGAUUCUAGUCAGCUUGGUCUCCCUGAAUCAAUGAUCAAUCAAUUACAUCCUCAAGAAGAUGAUCAAGACGCUUCAAAGUCGCAAUUCAAAAAGGCAAUUGGCCAACCUACUUUGAUUCCUGGUUUGACUGAUGUUAUUCAAAUUAGUAGUGGAAGCAAUCAUGCUUUGGUGACGACUGAAAGUGGAAAGGCUUAUGCUUGGGGUUUUGGCGAAAUGUAUGCUCUUGGUAAUGGAUCGGACGAAGAUGAACCUGUGCCUUGUGAAGUGACUGGACAAAAGUUAGAAGGACACAAGGUAAUUCGAGUAUCAGCUGGUGCUCAACAUAGUGUUAUUUUAGCAAAUAGUUUAUAG